AUGGCCGUCGAAACCAUAGAGCUCGAGCAUGUGCCGGCGUCGUACCGAGUCUAUCUCGCCCUCUUCCGCAAUGUGAAGAACGCCGCCUUCUUGCACCAGCAGCUCCUCGCGCGCAACGCCGAGUUUGAAUAUGCCUUUAUCGACGCUUCGACGCUCAGAGUAGCCAGGCGAGGCGACUUUUCCAGCCCAUUACUGACUGUUGCGCGCUCGCAGAUUGUCUCGCGCAUGCACCUCCUCUCAGCCGUCUUCAAAGCAGUCAACGGCUCGUUCAACGGGGCCCUCAAGACACCAAACGUCCAUUCAGAAACAGUCGUAUCACUGAGCUCCUCAAGUAACAUUGCCGACGCAUAUCGACGCUUCGGCGUUUCGCCCUCCACCACAGACCUUUUCGUCGUCAAGAUUGUUUUCCCCACCGAUAGCAGCCCCGUGCCUGCAUCCGCCGACGCCAUUUCGCAGCACCUCACGGAGAACGUCGAGGGGGAUGCCGUCCCCGCUACCGACGACACCAUCGAGACGAUUACAGACGUUCGCGCAGUUCGCAAAAGCUAUAAGCUCAACGGUCUGACGUGGUUGGAUAGUAUCAAGGACGAACUGGUGAAGCGCAAAGAGAUUGAGAGGCUUGUUCUUGGGGGCAUGGCACUGCGGGGAGUAUGA